AUGACAGGACCGGAGGACGUCGGGCAGGAAACGGAAGAGACAUGCGACGACAAUGGCGCUGACCGAAUAGACGACGAGGACGACUACGAAGUAGCCUCUCUUUACCCAGCCAGCCAGCUUGUCGGUGGUGCAAGAAGCACGUACAGAUCAGGUGGUGGACAUUUUGUGACAGGAGAUCCGCGGGCGAUGGCUUCAGACUUGUACUGUCGCGACUACUACAUGCCCAAUGACGAACUCGAACAAUUGCGUGCCACUCUGCUGCACCAGGUUUUCGUCCAUAUCCUCGACGGUGAACUGACCCUUGCCCCGCUUGAUGAGCCGCCGUCUCAUGUGCUUGAUGUCGGCACGGGCACCGGCGAAUGGGCCAUUAGGAUGGCCGAGAUGUUCCCCGAGUGCGUGUUUUUCGAGAUCGAGGAUGCCGAAGACUGGGACAGGCCACCAGACCACUACGACAUGAUUCACAUGCGCUGGCUAGCGGGAUCGUUCCGAGACUGGCGGUUCGUUUACGACUGCGCUUACUAUUCGCUAAAGCCCGGCGGCUGGAUCGAGGUGCUGGACUUUGACGGCUGGGACGGGAUGGUUUGUGUCGACCACUUCCCACCAGAAUCUCCCAUCCAUCGGCUGUUCAAGGACAUCCAUAAAGCUGCGGAGCUAUCCGGCCGAAAGCUGUCCAUGGAUCAUCUGAAUGCCCCCGACUUUAUGGAUGCUGGCUUUGUGGACAUUAGAGUAAUGGAGUACUCGCUUCCCCUGGUAUUUGGCGAACCGUCCAUCGACAAGCUUUGGUUGAUGGCUCUAAUAGACGGCAUCGAGUCCUCAGCUUUGCGUCUGCUUACCGAACACAUGGGAUGGGACCCUGACGAAUGCAAGGCCGUGUGCGAGCAGGUGGCUCGGGAUAUGGCCAAUCUCACGAAACAUCCAUCAACCGCAAAGGACCUCGUGAUCAAACUUCGAGUCGUGGUAGCGCGGAAACCUCUCGAGGCGCCUAUAUCGAAUGAUUCAUGGCCGGCAGAAGGGCCUCCGAACAUACGCGCUCGUAGGGAAGGGGGAAGUCCAAGGUCCGAGUCUGCACAAAUCGAAGUGCCCAUCGUUCAUACCGAAGAUAUUGAGCCUGACGCUUCCGUCGAUGCCUUAUGA